AAAGAAUCUUCAAUAAAGAAAAGUUGAAUUCGCAUGGCCUCCGCAAAUGAUCCCCAAGAGUUACACUUCUCUGGUUUUUCAGACAAUAGAAAGAAACUUGAUGGUUUUCCAUUGAUUGAUGCUGUGAAUCCUCUGCGUAAGGAGGCUGUCAUGGAUUUGCUUUGGCAAAAAGAAAAUUUGCCAUCAGAGGCAAAGUAUGAUUUGCGCAAGAGCUUGGCUUGGGAUAGUGCUUUCUUCACUAAUCCAGGAGUUCUGGAUCGUGAAGAGUUGUUCGAGACCCUGAAUUUUCUGGAUGUGGACAAUACAGUUGAUGGAUCUGGGCAAGGGAAACAGAAAUCUCUACCUUCUGUAUCUGUGGAGACAGAAAUAUCAAGAAGGAUUGGAGACUGCAAUGUGCGCAGAAGCUUAGCCUGGGAUAGUGCCUUCUUCACCAACCCAGGAGUUCUGGAUCCUGAGGAAUUAUCUUUGGUAAACAACGGAUAUAAGAAGUCUGAUGCGCAUAUUCUUCCUGAAAUAGAAGAAUUUUGGAGGUCUGCUGAUUCAAAUUCUACGGUAGAUAGCGGCAGUUACUCUCUAGCAAACCUUGAGAUUGAUUUGUUUGAUGACAUCAGAGAGUCUGCAAAUAUAUCAGUUCCCUUAUCCUCGACUGCAGCUUCAAAUGUUAAGCCAACACAAGGAGUGGACAGCGUGCCAUAUCUCCAUGGCAAGUCUAUAUAUUGCUAUGCAAAAAAAGCACUGGGCGGUUCUGCUCUGAGAAAGAUGAAAUCUGUGUCAUCUUCCAGAAGGCAGAAUACUAACAAACGGAGACUGGAGAGGACCUCAAAGGAGACUUCUCUUACCCUUCGAGAACAGCAUGCUGCUCGAAGUGGGGAAUCCAAAUCCUUCUCAUCUAGGAAACCACCAAAGAUAUCAAACAGAACAAAUGCUCAAUCAACAGCUCCCUUAAGAGAUGCUUCAUUGGGUGCAAAUAAUGUUGAAAUAGAAAAUAAGGAUUCAAAAGUUGCUUCAGGGCAGAACAGGACCAUGCAAAAAAAACUCUGUUUGGCAGACUCAUCAAGUCUCAUAUCUAGUGCUACACUACCCCGAAAUUCACCUUUUUCAGGUUCACUUUCCAUCGCAAAUGAGUCUGCAGGACCUAGAUUUUCUGCAUUUGGUUUCAGUAAUGUUAAAUCUACUUCAGAUUUUAUGAGAAGAAAAGCAAAGUCUAGGUUAGCUGUUUCUGAUUCAACCUUCAGGACUCCAUUGAGAAACUUUACUCAAACUAGCGAGUUAGUAAGCUCUGGUCAGUCAAAUUUUCUAUUGUCUACACCAAAGUCAUCUUGUGCAUCACUAGCUAUCUCGACCGAUGGAUGGUCCUCAGAAUCAAGUUCUUCUGGGCACAAAACAUCUAGUACUUCUAGUCUAGGUAUUAAUCCUUCUGCAGUGGUUUUAGUAGACACAGAGACUGCUAAGACAUCAGAUUCAGAUCAUCAUUAUCUUGAGCAACCUUGUAUCAACAAAUCAUCCCAGGAAAUUAGUCCUGUGCCUGCCAAUAAUGGUCCAAGGCAUGUCAAACCGUCAGGUCUUAGACUGCCUUCACCAAAGAUCGGGUUCUUUGAUACGGGAAACUCAGGGAACGGAGUCAUGAAGUUUCAGUCAGGGGUUGAAAGCGUUCCUAGAAGUGAAAACAAUGUCAGUAAUCUCAGUAGGGGUACUGGAAACAGAAGAGGAUUUGACAAACAGAGAGCUUCUGAAUCUUUUACAGGGAGCAAGAAGCAUAAUGAUUCUCAACAAAAUGAAGACGAGUUUAGAGGAUCAAAAGCUACUUCGCCUAAAGCAUCAACCUUCUCAACUGCUAGGAAAAGUAAUCUUCUUGCGGCUGUCAAAGCUCAGAAUGAUAGAUCUUUUGAACAAAGCAAUGGAAAACGCUUAAGAGCUGCUGAUUUGGUAUCCAGUUCAAAGGCGGAAAACAAAGGAACUCAGAGGCAUCUGAAGAAUAAAAUGAAUUCAAAGAGUGAUAGAAAGGUGUACCCAAAACCUAAUAAGCAAGCUUUAAGAGGACCAGACAAUGCCGGCUGCAUGUCUAGCCAUAGAAGUAAUUUGCAUAUACUUCAUGAAGAGGACAAGGAGAAUCUAUAUGAGUUCAAAAACCGGGUUGAUGAUUUGAUCCGACGGAUUGAGAUCAUUGAUUUUAAUGGUGAUCCAUUUUAGCAAACAACUUUGGUAUAUUAAUCCUGAACUGAUAUGGUGGAUUGGUAUCUUAUUUUGUCUUUGGCAAAUGGGAGAGUCUACUUUCUUGACAGAAGCAAAAUUGGCUUGUUAGUUUUUGAUUCAGACUUGUUGUGGAGAUUGUUAUAGGUUGAGCAAAGAUGAGAAGUGCCAUCAGAGAAAUUUGU